CAUUUGUGAGUCGCGAGUGUCUGGCAACACUGGCUCGGCCAGACCCAGUGCUGCCAUCUGCAAACUUGGUGUCCUGGUCGUUUGUGUUCGUCGCCAGCAUCUAGCACGACGCUUCGACCUCACACGGCCUCUUCCAUCUUGUCACCGCGACACGCUCGAGCCUCAGCAGGACUGUGCGGAGCAGCCUGCAUCUCAAACAUACGCAACAGUCUGCUCAUACGGCAACAUGGCGGACGGCACGAUCAUGCUGCUCGACCUGCAAGACUUUGGGUCCCAUCAACGAAGCGAUAGUGCAGCAACAGUGCAAGCGAAGCCGCUCAUACAUUCGAUACACGCCAGGACGGCCUCAGAUGAGAGCCUCGGGUCUCUGUCUUCAGCGAGUUUCCGGUCGACUUCAUCCCUGGGCACUCCUAGUGCGACGCAGACCUCAUCAAGCGAAGAGUGCAAUACUUCCCUGACUUCCGAUGACGAAGAUGACGCCAGCUCGCCUGUGCACAACAAGUUUCUGCCCGGACUGACCGGACCAGGCGUAUCGUGGCGAGCUGCUUGGGUGGAAGAUGGCACAGACGAUGACGACAAUCUGUCAGGCGUACCACAAAAGUCGUCCCAGGGCACCUACUUUGAUCUCGUCGACCAUCUGGACAAGUACGGCGAUGAUGUCUCCGCCUCUGAUCAACCCAUCCUCGUCGAAAUCCUGCCGAGGCUUAGCAGGGCAAGCGUGGAUGAGCAGAGUGGUUCAGCAACGCCAACGCACUAUCAGUCCGAGUUUGUACGACCAAGCAUGCGACCGCGCAGCAACACAGCUUCAGGCGCGUCGUCACCGUUGCGCUCAGUCUCUGCCUCUGCAGUACCCACAACAUCGCCUCCUCUCAGACCAGCGCCAAUACUCAGACGAGCCAAAACAGCUUCUGAACUUCGCGCGGGUGCAAGCGAUGACUCACCCAGCAAGCCGAAGGAAGUGUCGUUCUUUCUGCCGCCGCGUCCUGCCUACCUACGCAAACGCCCUUCGAAGCUCAACUGUCAAGCUGGACCUGCGAUCAACAUCAUCGGCGCUUCGGAAGACGGCGAGCCUGACGUACCUGGCGAUGAAGACUACUUCUCAGACGUCGACACCGCACAAAAAGCACGAAGACGAUACCCACGCACACCGACCGUACACACUUUCACUUCUCAAGCCGAUGGUCAUUCUGCCCAAAGCGGUACCCUGCGGACAUCACACAGGCGUGCAUACGAAGAGGAGAUGCCGCAAGUCACGCGAGAGAACAUCGUCAGAGCGCUUCUCUUCCUCUUCACUGCGCCACUCCUUGUCUUGUUCGAUUCGCCUUUGGUCAAUCGAGGCAUCGCUCUCGUGUCAGUAGCGCGCUUCAGACAGAGCGUCAAGGGAUCGGCACAGCACCUGAUCCUGUUGCUCAUGUCACUCGGUGUUCGCGCGACCAUCAUUGGCUUCGGCGUUGCUGUGGACGCCAUUGUGAUCUACUGCGGCCUUCUCUUCAAGUUGUUCGAUCUGGCCAUUGAUGCAGUACAGCUCAGUCGACAGACCAGAGCACGUUACGCUCAGACAGAUAAUUGAUGGGCGUCAUAUAGACAUAUAACGCACGGCGCUUAUGUUGCAUGUAACACUCGAUGGUUGUCAAACAAUGUACAUUAUGCAGU